GAAAGGGCAAUUUGAUGCCAGUUCUGGUAAGAAUUUGUGGGUGAGUGGACUUUCAUCUACCACAAGAGCAACCGACUUGAAGAAUCUCUUCAGCAAGUAUGGGAAGGUGGUUGGUGCAAAGGUGGUAACUAAUGCUAGAAGUCCUGGAGCACGCUGUUAUGGAUUUGUGACUAUGUCGUCCUCGGAAGAUGCAACAAAAUGCAUUAACCAUCUUCACAGAACAGAACUUCACGGAAGAAUGAUUUCAGUGGAAAAGGCAAAAAAUGAACCUGCUGGUAAGAAAUCUUCAGACAAGAAAGAACAUGAAUCAAACAGAGAGAAAUCAAGUGACUGGCGACAUUCAACUGACAGUUUGGGAAAUUGUUCAUCAGACAAGAAAGAUGUGUAUAAUAAAGAUGAUGGCAAACCUGCAGAAAAGGAUAAGGAAGAGCGUGGAAAUAGAACUUCUGAUCGUUCCAGAACUAGCAAAUCUGGAAGCAGAGAUGCUGAAAGGACUGUCAUCAUGGAUAAAUCAAAGGGAGAGCCUGUCAUUAGUGUAAAAACAUCUUCUGAAAGGAGUUCCAAAAGCCAAGAUCGAAACUCUGAGAGUAAAGAAAAAAGAGAGAUGCUUUCUUUUGAUAAAAUUAAGAAACAAAGGGAGCAUGAACGCCAGAGGCAAAGAGAAAGAGAAAUAAGAGAAAUAGAGAGACAAAGAGAGCGGGAUAAAAGAGUACGAGAGCGUAUCAUUAUCGCUCGUGAAAGAGAAGAGCGCGAGAGGCUACGACGAGAACGCGUAAGACUUGAGUUUGAGAGGGAACGUCUUGAAAGAGAACGUAUGGAGCGUGAGAGACUGGAAAGGGAACGAAUGCGAAUAGAGGAAGAAAGGAGGAUUGAACAGGAUCGUAUCCAGAGAGAGCGAGAAGAGCUUCGUCGCCAGCAAGAAUGUCUACGCUAUGAACAGGAUCGCAGAUCGGGGGUCAGGAGGCCCUAUCAUACAGAUUUCAGAGAUGAUUCAUACUGGCCAGAUUCUAAAAGAAUGGCUUUGGAUGAUCGAUAUAAUGAUUUUGGAAGGCUGGAUCGUUAUUUAGACUUUGCAAAUAGAGACCGUGGGCGGUACAUGGAUCACAUGCACAAUGACAGGAGGGAUGACUCACGAUCUGGCAUGGGAGGGAAACAUAAUUAUCCAGAUCACCAUGGAAGAGAGAGCCGUGAAGUGUGGGGAGAGUACAAUAGACAUGUGCAUGAAGGAAGAGGUAUACCACCACAUGGAAGGGAUGGUCGGGAUUGGGGAGAUCAUGGACGUAAGAUGAAUACUUAUCCUUCAAGAUCUGUAGAUCGUGGCAUACCACCUCCCACUGGGCAAGGACAUAUGAACAGAGGAGAAAUUCAUAGCAAUGUUCCCGUAAAUGAAAAUUCCCAAAAUAUGUCCGCUACAAUGGGACCUCAAGGUGGUGGAAACUUUGGACAAAACAGGCUGAAUGAUGCACGGUUUACACGUCGUUACUGAAAAAUUUAAAACUUGCGUUGAAGGUACAUUUCCAUCAGCAAGGAGUAUUUUCUUAAACUCUGUAUUCGUAGAAAAAAUUUUUUUUUUGCUUUUAGAAUUUGACUUUGCUUUAAGCAGUACUAUACAACUGAAAAUUAAAUUUAAAUAUUGUCUUUUUGUAGCAGUCUACAUUAAUUAUAAGACUUCUUGUACAGAUUGGUAAUCCAUUGUUAGUUUACUGUUGCUGUGAGGGUAAGAUAUUAUCUGCAAGUUAAUUAUUGUAAUAGUAUGUGUAGAAUUGGGAUAACAGUAUGACAGCUCUAUUGUUUUAUUGAUAGGUCUAGAUAAAGAUGUCCACAGAAGACCAUUGCAUUAAUUAGUGUGACGUUUGAGGCUAUCAUUGAAUCUCUACAGACGGAACUCUUCGGUUGCAACAAUGGCCUGAUGGAAAAAAAUGUACUCUAUUAACUCAAACAUGGUUCCAUGUAGCACUUGUGUUUACAAUUAAAAGCAUACAUUUGCUUUGAAGAGCUUUUUCAGCAUCUUGGAGAAAAAUCACUUUUUAAUCAGCACCAGAGUUCCGUCCCUCUAGUCUGAAAGCCUCUCCUUCCCCUGGUAGAUUGACAGGGCAGGACAUUUGUAUCCUGCUGCUGUCUGACCCUGUUUUCUUGUGCCUGUGCCAUGUGCCAGAAUUGUGGCUCAUUACAGCACAGAUUUUUUGUUCUGGCCACUAUCGGCCUGUUUUGGGAAUUCACCAACAUUCUGACACACAUUGCUGAUGAGAUAUUAAUCAUUCCAAAACAAAAGUAAUUGUUCUCUGCUAUGUUGAACAGCUCAGCAAAGCAAAGUUAUGCUUUUAAUUGUCAACCCUAGCACUACAUGGAGCUAUGGGGAUCAUUUACUGUCCAGAAAUAUGCAGAUUGCGGAUCAAAGGUU